GUUUUCGGGGUGUCCCCUGCGGAUGAAUAAUCAUGAGGGGGAAAUGGGCGGAGCUUCGCAUGUGACUAUAGGCGUUGGGUUAUGUUGUUCGCCCGCCCCCCACUCCAAGUAUUAAUUUACAUUUCUAAGGGUCCUGUCCACUACUGAACUGUUUCCAGCAGUGAAAUAAACAGAUUUAACAGACACCUUCAUAACAGGAGAGAUGAACCGAUGCAUUUCCUUCUUCUGAGGUUCAUCUGAAGUCACUUGCCAUAGAGAAGUAUCGCUCAGGACUGAUUUGAGGUCUGGACCAGACAGACAUACCAGAGGGACUGUCCCGUGCACGGAGCAUUAUGGCAGAGCCAGACUAUAUGGACGGUGAUGGCGAUGAACUCGUUAAGCCCAAGAAACUCCUCAACCCAGUGAAGUCCUCCAGAGAUCACCAGGACUUACACAGAGAGCUCGUCAUGAACCAGAAGAGGGGUCUUGCACCACAGAAUAAACCAGAACUCCAGAAGGUGAUGGAAAAGAGGAAGAGAGACCAGGUGCUGAAGACUCAGAAAGAGGAGCAGGAGGCGCACAAGAAGAGGUCAGACCUUGAGAUCGAGCUCAUGAAGAGACGAGAGACCCUCGAACAGCUGGAAUUGGAGCAACAAAAGAAUGAAGAGGAGCAAGAAAACACCCCAGAGUUUGUCAAAAUGAAAAGCAAUCUGAGAAGAACCAAACAGGAAGAGGACGGGCAGGAGCGUGCCACCUAGAAACCGUUUCUAUGGCACAUUUGUUGACAUGGCAACUGGACUGUUGUUUGUGGGGAUUUCCUGGUGUUCCUCCCCCAUGUGUCCCUGUGAAACGAGUGACUGUAGACGAACGGUUCCUGUUGCCUGCUCGCAGACACAACCAGUAUUCACGCUGCCUCUUUUUCUAAACAACGAUCACAAAUAAAGAGGAUUGAAGAAUAAACGAAAUGCAUACACACAAACUCUUGUACAUGGGUGCAGCCUCUUUGCCACUGGUUGACCGGCUUUAAAGAACACGCAUGGCAGAACAAACAGAGACCACAUGAUUACUUUGGUAUAUUUAAUUUUUUUUGAGGGGGGCACAUAUUAUUUUACUAUUUUACAUUAAAAACCUGAAAUGGGACACUGGAUGGACUCUUUUAAGCCAAAACAAUGCUCUUUUAUUUAUGUUCAGUGUCAGCUUUUGUUUGCAAGGGCUUCUCCGAGACAUUUUUAUCUUGGUUGAUGAUUAAAAAAAAAAAAAGAAGAAAGGAAAGUAAAUAUGCAAAGUUGUGAUGCAUCUUGCUUGCUUUUUAUGAAUUGUAAUGUCUGUGUGCUCCCUCUGCUGAAUUACAUAAGCAAUACUAGUUCUAGUUUUGUGAGGUUUCUUUGCAAAUAUUUUUGUUAUAACUUUUUUAAUGAAUACAUUAAUAAGUUAAUACACUUUAGUUUAAUGUGGUAUUAAACACAAGUGCAACUGUUUUCUUUAACUUGAAUGGUAGUUGUUCUUAAGAGUUUAAAAAGAACAUGAAAUGUUAUUAAUGUAGAUUUGAGCCAAUAAAUAACCACUUUUUGUGUUCCCUUAAAACCUUCUUUUAAUAAAUAUUAUUUUAUCAUGUUGAA